AUCAACCUUGUGCCAUCGAGAAUAAAUAUAUUUAUACGAUUGUGACGGCGUGGUUCUUGAUUGCAUACACAUACAUUUGUAUUUCGCGCGUGUUAUAUUUGUCAGUGAGUGUUUUUUGUUUUUUUUAUUAUUAUCGUGUUUCGUGCUUGUAAAAAGGUUUUAUGCAAAGUAAAAAAAAAAUUAAAAAAAUGUGAAAAUUAUUUUGAUAUAUAAAUUAACACAAACUUUUUAUUCUGAGAUAUUUUCUGAAGUAUCCUGUGUAAGAAUAAAAACACAAGUUAUACCCAACCGGCCAUCAAUGAGUGAUUACAUAAACAUUACUAAAGUGGGUGCUUCAAAAAAGAUUAAAAACCAUUAUAAUAAAUAAAAAAUAACGAUGAUAAGUAUAUUAGUGUCCAUUUAAAAAAAAAGUAAUACAAUUUGACCAAACGUUAAACCAUCCAUUGAGCUAAAAGAAUAUUAUAUAAUAAUUGAAAUAUAAUCGAUAAUGGUUAAUACAUACUUUAAUAAAAUUAUCGUAAAAGUAAUAAUACUAAAUAUUUUGUUGAUUCUGUGUAUUUGUUUAACACCUACAAAUGCUGGUUUUCAAGAUGAUGGGAUAACUACAAAAAUACUAACUGAAGAACCAGAAUUUGAAUCACCAAUAGGAAAUUUAACAACUCCAGUGGGUCGAGAAGCUGUCCUAUCAUGUUCAGUUAGAAAUUUAGGAAAAUACAAGGUGGGAUGGUUAAAGGCAGAAGAUCAAACAAUAUUAACAUUACAUACACGCGUUGUCACGCACAAUUCACGUAUUAGUGUCACACAUGAUAAUUUACAUACAUGGCAAUUACGUAUCAGACAAUUAAAGGAAUCAGAUCGUGGUUGUUACAUGUGCCAAAUAAAUACGAGCACUAUGAAGAAACAAAUUGGAUGUUUGGAUGUUCAUGUUCCACCGGACAUUGUAUAUGACGAUACGAGUGGUGAUAUAGCCGUUUCAGAAGGCGAGAAUGCAACAUUAUGGUGCCAUGCAACAGGACAUCCGUUACCAAGAAUAACAUGGCGGCGUGAAGAUGGAGAAGCAAUUUUAUUGAAACGUGGUGCUCGUGAUGUAACAAAAGUUGACACGUACAAUGGCAGUAGUUUACAUUUUUGGCGACUAGAUCGCAGACAAAUGGGUGCAUACUUAUGCAUUGCCAGCAAUGAUGUUCCUCCAGCAGUGAGCAAACGAAUAUCACUCAGCGUUAAUUUUGCACCUACAAUCAAAGUUCCAAAUCAACUCCUAGGAGCACCACUAAACACAGAUGUACAAUUAGAAUGUUACGUCGAAGCUUUUCCCAACACAAUCAAUUACUGGGUUAAAAGUCAAAGUGAAAUGCUUCUAGAUGGGCCUAAAUAUUCUAUACGUGAAGAGAAGAUUGGUUAUAAGGUAUUCAUGUGGCUAAUAAUUAGAUCAUUUAAUAGCAAUGACAUUGGCACCUAUAACUGUGUGUCAACUAACUCAUUAGGACGAGCAGAUGGAACGCUACGGCUUUAUGAAAUUAAAGUUUAUACAAGAGUGCAACAUGAAACAACUGAUGAUAGUCAUGUUAAUAUAUUGGGAGGUCUUGCAGAAGCAGCCAGAGGACAAAGUGUAAUUGAACAUGAAAAUAUUAGUAGUUACUCUAAUGUACAAAUGUUUGAAACAAUAAGGCCACAACACGUACAACCCAUUUAA